AUGCCGUUAAGCGUUAAAGGUAAAACAGGUAAAUUGCAGUUUAUUGGAUUUACCAAUACUGAAAGGAAAAAUUUAGCCAGUAAAUAUAAAAAACUGGAUGGGAAAAUCGGUAAGAGUAAGACGCUACUCACUCAAACCACGCAUAUUAUUUGUGAACAACCAGAGACAACAAAUCUAUUUCUUGCUGCCUGUGUAAGAGGAAUUUGGAUACUCAAGAAAUCUUUCAUCGAAGAUAGCGCUAAAGCUGGAUGUUUAUUACCUGAAAGGGAAUAUGAAUGGUCAAUCCGCGACCAUCACAAUUACCCCGCAAUUGAAGAAGGUCUGCUUCAAGCUCCGCAAUACUGGAGGCUGAAAAAAGAGAAAGGCUUAACUUUAUUCCCAGAGAAAACAACCGCUGUUGUUUAUGGUAGCGAUUCAGAGAAAGAAAAUCAAUUUGAAAAGAUAUUAAAAUGGGGUGGAGUUCGUUGUACGAAGCCAGAGAUCUUUCAACAAUCUCCCACACCGGUUGAUUAUCUCUUUUAUGAUGAAAAACAUUCCUAUCUUAAACGACAAUAUGAAAGCUAUUGUAAAAUAGGUAGGUUUCCUACCAAAACUAUUACAGAAAGGAUACUUCAGCAGCCCUUUCAAAAUUCUACUUGGACAGAAAAUACUAAUAAUCCUUCAGAGACCAAAAAGAGAAAGGAUCCAGACUACCUCUCACCUAUCAAUGCUCUUCCGGUAAAGCGAGUUGCUACUGAAAAUCCUGACACAUUUGAUUACACAAAGAAAUUGGUUCGUCCUAAUCUUCUUCGCAUACCCAUAUGUAAAGAUCAUGAUCAAAUAUGCCUGGAUAGGCUAUUUCUUUUAUACGCUGUUGAGAGUGAAAGUAAUGAUGAUCUAAUCAUGAAUGAGGGGUUCGGCCUUCUUACAGAGUGCUUACAGCGUUAUCCUCCUAAAAUGAUGAGAAUGAAAAAGAUAUACAUGUUGUCAUUUUGUACCGAUAGAUCGAUAAAUCAGUACGAAUCGUGUUCAGUGGAAACAAUUAAUAUGGAAAUGUGGAACAAUAUUAUGCAAAAGAUUGAAAAUGUAUCAAAGAAAGAAGAAAAAUGUGAUGUCCUAAUCUUGCGCUUUAUUGUUCAAUUGCUAUGGACUGAUUACAAGAUAUUCUAUGAUGGGUUGAUCGGUAAGAAAGAAAAGAAAGAUGAUCGCCCGAUUUUUUUUUCUCUACUAUGGCCUGGAAACUUUUAUCAAACUGCCUCUGUAUCGCAGAAGAGUAUAGAGUUGAUGGAUGCUUUUUUUGGGGUAUAUCAGCAAAGUUCUGAUUUGUCUGAUGAUUGUAUAAAUUUAAUACAUUCAUUACUUAUAUUAUCGGGUGACUGCUGCGCACGUCAAGAAAUGACUAGCUAUUAUAAAUCGAAUAAUACGACUAUACUUGGCGACUAUGCAAUAGAAUUUGCGAUAAAGCUAGCUGGAAAAAUAGAUCAAAUUAAAGAUAGUAAGCGAAAACUAGCCCUAUUGGAAAGCUUAGCAUUGGACUGGCUGGUAGCCUGCGUAUCUGAAUAUAUACUCUUAACAUUUCAUCAUCCGAACAAUUUGAACAGCGGUCUACAAAAAGAAGUUAAAUCGCUGUCAUUGCAAAAAAUUGUUAAGAAUUAUUUCGAAUUGAUUCCAUAUGGACGUCAAUUGCUAUCAAAUGAUAAGAGAGAUAUUAGUAGUGCCGUUAGCAAAGGGACAAUCAUUGAGAAAAGAAAUGCUAAAGGCAACAUUUACAAGAAAAUUUACUAUAUUAUAGUUAAGUGGAUUACUAAAGGAAAAUUUUCUUACCAACAAUUAGGCGAGACACGAUUGCACGUCGCUUGCAAACGAAAUGAUGUAGGAACAAUUGAAGCGUUAAUUGGUGAAGGCGCCGAAGUUAAUGUCGUUGACAAUUGUGGUUGGACACCGUUACAUGAAGCUUGCAAUCACGGACACAUCGAUGCUGUGCAUACUAUUAUUAAAUGCUCGCAAAAAUAUUCUAAAGACUUAAAUUUCUCUGCUAAUGGAGAUGGCGGCAUUACGCCAAUGCAUGAUGCGAUCCUGAAUGAACACUAUGAGGUAGCAAAAGUACUGGUGCAAUAUGGAGAAAGUUGCGAAUUAUACUUAACUGCUCUUGCAAAUUUAAUUGAUGUACAAAUUACACAGUAUUUUAUUCAAGAACGUUUUAAAGAUAAAGAAAGAGGUGAUGACACUGUUUUUAUACAAGAAAAUGUUAAGCAUAAUAAUCAGAGAUUAAGUAAUUCACGGAAUAUCAUGAAAGACGCUUUUAAUAAUCUUCCUCGCCUCGAAAAGCAUAUUUCUUCUAUCAUUGAGCGCCAAGAUAAAACUGAGAAAUGUAAAUUGUUAUUAGCCAAGAUUAAUCUUGAUUUGUGGCAAGCCAUGAAAACAUGA